CCCGCUGGAGCCGCCGCCGCUCCCGGGGCCCGAGUCAGUAUUGAUCCCGCGCCUGGGGCCGGGCGGCCGGCGGCGGCCUCCGAAGCUCAUUAGCGCCAGCGGUUGCCGUGGCAACGGGACCCCAAGCCUCUUCAGGCAGCUCCCCACGGAUCGAUGCCAGCCAAAUGAUGACCAGUUGUGGCCAGCAGUCCUUGAACGUGCUCACCGUCCUCUCGUUGCUGAUCUCUGCAGUCUUGUCCGCGCACUUCCGAGUCUGUGAGCCCUACACGGACCACAAAGGCCGCUAUCACUUUGGCUUCCACUGCCCCCGGCUCUCGGACAACAAAACCUUCAUUCUCUGCUGUCACCAUAACAACACGGUUUUCAAAUACUGCUGCAACGAGACCGAGUUUCAGGCGGUGAUGCAGGCAAACCUCACGGCCGGCUCCGAGGGCUACACGCACAACAACUACACCGCCCUGCUGGGAGUGUGGAUCUACGGCUUCUUCGUGUUGAUGCUGCUGGUCCUGGAUCUUUUGUAUUACUCGGCAAUGAACUACGACAUUUGCAAGGUUUACCUGGCGCGGUGGGGCAUCCACGGACGAUGGAUGAAACAGGACCCCCGGCGGUGGGGCAACCCUGCCCGGCCCCCCCGGCCAGGGCAGCCCACCCCGCAGCCCCAGCCCCCGCCAGGCCUGCUGCCACAGGCGCCCCCGGCCGUGCACACACUGCAGGGAGACGCCCACAGCCCGCCGCUCAUGACCUUCCAGAGCUCGUCCGCCUGAAAACCCUUUUGCCGUGCCUCAGGAUGGGGGAGGUGAGACCCGAAGCAACCGGCCCAGCCUCCAGGAAGAACAGCUUCAACAGAGACCCCCGGGAGAGCCAAGGUGGCUGCAGCAGUGGCAGAGGAAGAAAUGCCACCUGUGCCCACAAUCCCCUUCCAUGGACUUCCAAGAUUAGGAGCAAACUCAGGGGUGGGGGCCAGGGGUUGUAAGGGAGGGGGUCUUGAGCCACCCGUCUGCAAGCAAUAGUCCCAUUCUGGGCUGGUGGCUUCUGAGAGGUGAUGCCGUUGUGGACUCAGGAUGACCAACACAAAGCUGCUCUGGCUAAUUCAAGCCGUAGGGAUUAGGCCUGUGCAUCGUUCCUGUGGGCCCCUUGUCUCUACUCCGUCCAGUUGUGGCCUGUGGGCCUGUGUCAGGAUACCAAAUGUGAGUGUGUGUGUGCACGUGUGUAUGCGUGUGUGUGUGUGCACGCGUGCACGCGUGUGCGUGUGAUUUGAGGUGUUCUUUUUGUUUGAUUGAUUGGUUUCUAUUGGAGUCCCCCCGAGUCCUCUGAUGGGCACAGGUCACCGGUAGUGGGGGCCCUUGCCAGCGUCCCGGUUCAAGCUUCUUGCUGCAGCUGGCAGCUGUGAGCCAGCGAGCCUGGGGCACAGCCCCCCGAGGUCUCAGAGGGUGCUGGGGAUUUGAAAAUGCUCAUGAGGGUUUGUUCUUAUGGAAUUUGUUCCCAUAGCAGUGUCAUGAAAGGAGGCCACGCAUCUUGGGCCGUCCAUGGGGCAGGCACUGGGCUGCGUGUCUUCAUGCGCUCCCUCUCUCACCGCCUGGGAGAGGGCUGUGGUGAACCCCUUGCAGAAAUGGCUCUGAGCAGGGAAGGUGCCCAGGGUCACACAGCCAGGAGGAGACCAGCCCCUCUGUUUGAUCUUAGGGGUGUAGAACCCAAAGUCCAAGGUACCCCCCGCACAGUCCCUGGGACAUCUCCCCAGUGAUUUCUCAGCAGACUGGCCGUUGCCCUGCGUUCUCUGCCGUCACUGCCCUGCAGCCCUCAUCCACACGGCGCAUUCUGGUUAUGUAUCUGCUGUGUCAGGCCCCAGGCUGGGCAGUGAUGGGGACUAGCCCUGAGUCAGGCAGGCCUUGUCCCUGCCCUGAGGGCGGGGGGUGGGACAGACAGACAGAUCUGUGCUGGAUACGGUGAUGAGGUUCUGCAGAAGCCCCAGGGGGAAGUGUCUAGAAACCAUUCCACUUCAGGGUCCCAUGCAAACCCGGAUGCCUCUAACAUCCAUUCCCCAGAGCUCCCCCACCCGCCACCCACCCCGCGGGCCCAGGGCAUACACAUGGAAGGGCAUUGCCCGGGAAAUGAUGUCAUAAAUCCUCAAGGGCCACACUGCCAGUGUAGACACACUCAUUCCACUUGUGUUAGUAAUAACCAGGUCUCCCCCCAGCUUUUAGCACGGGGGACCCUGCUCAAUAAACGUGUGUCCCUCUGAUGGCGUGUUCCUUGCUUAGCCAGACCCAGUGCUCUUGCACACAGACUGCUCUUCAGGCGCAGCAGUGAGCGGCGAGGCUCCUGUUCGUGGGGCUGGUUUUCCAGUUGGGGAGAGAGGACGAGAAGUGAGUGGAGAGUCAGGAUGCAGCUGUAGUGGUGAGUGCCCCGCCGAGAUUUCAGCCAGAACAAUCUGUUACGGAGGGUGUUGAGGUUGCGCAGUCUGGGUCUGAGAAUGCCUUUCUGAGCAGGUGACCGGAAGCCCAAAUCUGGAUGAUAAGCAAGAGCCAGCCAUGGGCCUGGAAGGCAGGGGAAGAGCAUCCCAGCACAAAGGCCCUGGGGCAGCAGCAUGCUUGAGUGUUUCAAAGAACCAAAGAAAUCCGGGAUCCAGGAUGGCUGGGACCCAGAGGGAGGACAGAAGGAGUUGAAGGCAGGGAGUCCAGCUCUGGAAGGCCGCACAGACACAACUCCCCAUCCUCUGAUAAAGGAUUUUCCAGGCAACCUGGCUCUCCAGCUCCCCAUUUCAUGGCCUAGGAAACCAAGAUGCAGAGGGGCCCCGUGACUUGCGCCCGUUCACCUGUGGCGGACCAAGCCCGCGGCUUCGUGCUUCUCCCCCAGACAGCGGCACCCAAGCACAUGGCUCGCAGCUGCAGAGGGGGAAGACUUUGUUGGGGUCUUGAGUAGGGAUGGGCCUGUCUUCCUUUGCCCAGGCCGCUGUGGGGAGCCUUGGGGAGUGGGGCUUGGCAGCCGCCCAGCCCAGGAGGAUCAGCUGUCACCUGCAUCUGGGGUGCAGAGCCUGGGGAAUCCGGAGAACUUGAGGGUUGAGAGCGGGGAGGGUAGAGGGGGACGGGGAGGCACCAGACCCGGAUUCUGACAUCAGCUCUGCACUAAGAGCCGUGUGACCUCGGGCCAGUCCUGUGCCUUCUCUGUCCUCAGGAUCCCCCUGGGUUAAGAGGAAGGAGUCAGACCAGGUAUUUAGGGGGCUUGCACCUCUGGCUUCCUGUGGUCCUGGGUGACGCUCACAGAGCUGCAGCUUGUAGGACUCAGCAUCCGGCCCCUGCCAGCAGUCUCACCGGGGAGACCAGUAAACCCUAUGGGGCUCAGGAUGGAACAUCCUGUUUGUGUGGGGGCCUCCCACGUGUGGCUCGGCAGACAGACGGGGGGCCAGCUGAGGGGUGAGACGGGGCGCCAGGUGUGAGAACCCUGAGUGCAGGGCAGGUGUGCACAGGGCCAUCCCCCCACCAUGUCAAGGGCCCCUCAAAACCCUGCAGGAGCCCAGCGAAAACCCAUCCCACCCUACUGUGACAGGCUCCCGUGCCAGUCAGUAGAGUGUCCCUGAGAAUAAGACACGGGGUCGUGACAAGUUCAAGUAGAGAUUUACAGAGUUAGUGUUUCCUAGUGACUCCCAAACCCGGUUUUUCAAGCUGCCUAUGUUUACUUCUUACUGUGAGCUUCUGGCUAUCACCACGUAAUAUGUAAAAAUAACAAUAGUAACAGUACAAAAAAAGAGAAAUAAAUAGCAGAGGAAGAAGACGACAGCGUACCUUACUGGGGGGUUUGUCCCGCCGGGCGGUCUGUGUCCUGACCCCAGUCGGUAAGCACCCCCUCCCACUGGGAACGGCCUGGCGUUGACGGGCAGCUCAACGCUUUAACUCUCGCCUGCAUCUGGUGUGAUUGGUGUGGUUCGGAAUCGACCCAGAACCAGUACCCGGUGCACCCUCGGGCCCUCCGCCCUCACCUUAACAUCCGCAGUUGUCCUGAGCCUCAAGGAGCCGCCCAGGGGAGCAUCUGACACCGACCAGGACCAGUUUGAAACAGGCCUUAAUGGAAAACACACGCACGUGCACGCACACAGGCAACCAUGCACACGUGCGCACACGCAGCGGGAUCCAGUCCCUCUGGCGGUCCCUGAUCCUUUAGAAGGAACAGGUGGGCAGCUAGCUAAGGUGGGUGGUGCUCCCCUUCAUCUCCCAGAACACACGGCUCAGGCACAUGGAGCCCCGGGGCCAGAAGGAAGGGCUGGGGCGGGUUGGAGGUGACGGGAUCCAGGACAACACGGUCAGGAGUGGGGGUGACAGAUUGCGAGGGGACACUUCCCGGCUCGCCAUCCAAUCCGAAGCUCUCCUGAGAUCAUUUCAGUCACAACGAGGCCGUGUGCGUGGCCGUGCCUGGCACUGUUCCCACCCCCCUGAGGCCCCCCAGACCCUUGUCCACACCAGGUGGGGAUCCUGGCCCUGGGCCAUCCCUCCCGCCCGGGGCCCCGUCUGCCCGCUCAGCUGACACCCCAUCCACUGUGUCUCCUGGAGUCUCUGCUGUAAAAGGGGACGAGUUUCCCAGAGUAGCAGGCGUCCAAAAAGUGUUUUAGUGGUUUACGCAGCUCCCUCUACUAUCCAGAUUCACGUCACAGCCCCAAGUAGAGUUACUGGGGGGGCAUUUCUGGUCAGUGCUCAUCACAGGACAUGUCCGUGCCCUGCCCUGUCCGCCCCUGUCGUCUGCUAUGGGAACCCGAAGGCUGGGAUGAUAGGAGUGACCUGCGGAAAUUCUUGAGCUUACCGCUUAUCUGGUCCCCAGGAAACAUUUGUAAGGUCAGGGGGGCAGCCACUCCCCCUGCCCCCCUCCAGGGAUGGUGACACCAUGCUCAUUGUUACCUGUGGCCUCAGAGCCCAUCCCCAAGCUGGGGCGAUGCCCUUUACCCUCCAGAUCGCAGACACCGCUCACCAGCGGUGUGACCAAUGCCGCACGGGGCUCCCCGGCCUGCCUCGCGGCACAAACCGCCCCAGAUGGCAGUCCGGUGAACGCAGAUGUGGUUGCUGAGCAGUCAGUCAGGCGCGCGAGAGAGAACAUCCUAGCAAAGCCAUUCGUUCAUGCAUGCGUUCAUUCAUCUGUCCAACUAAUAUUCUCCAGCUCUGAACCCAGUGCGCCUCUGCGAGCACUUGCCAAUCACGGAGGUGUCCGGGGACGCGCCGUGUCCGUAGGAGAGGUUGCGAUCACCUGAGAAGUGACUCGCGGUGCCUAACAGAUCGAACACCCAGAUCCACAGAGCAAAUAGGCGACACUUCCCUAUCCCCUCCCUGAUAGUGACCUUGGAGGUGGCACUGUCCCCAGCUCUCAAAUUCCCAGUACCAGACCCCACCAGAUAGUUGGUGCUAGAUAGAUGCUUGGUGAGUGAGCCGCUUUCACCCGUAGUCACACUGUACUGCCCCCCAAAACUCCUACCUUUACAUUAAAACCCCGAUGUACUUGCCCUUCACACAGUGAAAUGCAGGGGCCCCCCUCCAGGAGGCACCACUGGCAAUGCUGUCAUAGAAAUGGUAAUGGGCUCCCAGGAACCCCGUUUCUUUGGACUGCAGUGGGAGCAGCAUCCCCUGGGUCUGUGCAACGGGGUGCCCUGUGAAUGGCCCCCACACCACCCUCCGAAACGUGCAGGAGCCCACGGCAGUCAGACGAACCCGGGUCGGGGGGAUCGCUGGGGCUCGUGAUUGCAAGUCGCGGGUGGCGCUGCCACCGCGGGCCCCCAGUGGGACCAAACUGGUGACCUGAAUGAACCUGGCCUGGGUUCCCGCGUGUGUUCUCUCCGUCUCUCCCCGAUUCUGUAUGUUCACGCUGGUGGGAUGCGCCCCAGGUCAGCAAGCAGUCUGGGUGAUGUGCAAUAACCCGUGGGGCGCCGGCCAAGAGGGGCUCGGUCUCGGUAACAAGGCAGGAUGCCCCCCCCCCGGGCUGGCAUGUCCACCUUGGGGUCCGUCACACAAGGGCACACAGGUGAGGGUGGGCCCGAGCACAUCCCCUCUCCUGUGCACCCCGACUUCCCUUGGGCAGGCACAGGGUCUCCCUGAGAGCUGAUAACUGGGAAAACCAAAAACCAAUAAUAUUCCUGAUAAUAAUAAUAAUGUAAUAAUAAUGAUGUAUUUUACACUGACUGUGCUACGCUGCUUUUGUCUUUAUAUACAGUAGUUUUUAUAAAGAUGUCCUUAGGUUUUAAUAAAGGAGUGUCUUGUCAACUGUU